UGAAUCACAUUAUCGCUAUUCAAAAAGUGAACAAUGACAAAGAAGCAAUACCAAGGCAUCUAUUGGACUCGAUAGUCGACAAAAAGGCGGAAGAUUACGCGAUGGAUUCGGAAAGAAUGAGACAAAGAAAAGAACAUCUGAUCUCGUUAUUCACGUCGGCAACGAAACAACUAGUGAUGUCCUUACUUUUUGAUGAAGAGGGUCUAAGUAAAAGUGAAUUCAAACAGUGGAUUAAAAAUGAUAAGGAGUCUUUGGCGAAGUUUGAUGAGUCGUUCGACAAAUUGACGAAAUUGCAGAUGAUCGAGCAACAUGAGAAAGUGGUGUUGAACAAAUCAUUUCGACGUAGUUUUCAGGAUUGCUUAACGGGGAGUUUUGGUGUUCCGUUAGAAAAACACAAAAGCAAACCACUGGACGUCAGUCUGCUAGAUCAACAUGCGAUAGAAAAAUGGGAGAGCAUAUUACAUUUCAUGGUGG